GAGAGUUGCAGUCACAGUCUACAUGGAAGGUUGUCCCAUCGGUAUCUAUUACUGACUUACCAUUAUUUGAAACUUUUUAUAUUUAUAGCUAUUUAUAUAUUUAAUUCUGUAUGUUUAUUCGUUUAUACAUACAUGUUUUAAGGACACGUGUGUUUUUCCGGCUGUAAUUCAUACUUUCCUGUGCAGUUAUCCAAUUCUAAGGGUCAUCACAAUGUGGUCUACAUGCAUAUGGAGAACAUUUUUUUGUAAUAGGGAUUUUUUUUUGACCUGAAGGAAACGUAAGUUAGCAUCGGGAUCAAGUGGAAUAGAAAUUUCAGCCUUUGCGUUGGACGGUGGUCCUCUAGCGCCCUCUACAGACAGUGCGGAGGAUUACGACACUACGUUAAGCAGGAUUUUUGAUCGUACGAUAAGCUAUGGCUGUAGCUGAUUCCAUGUACCCUGACUUGAUAUCAAGACAUUACAAUUUCACGGGGAAGCUGCGAAAGGUGGAGCAGGACUCGGGUUUGAAGGCAGACUCGGUGGUCUUCAUCAUUGUGUGCUGCUUCAUCAUCUUGGAGAACCUGAUGGUCCUGCUGACCAUCUGGAGGACCAAAAAGUUCCACAAGCCAAUGUAUUACUUCAUUGGGAACCUGGCACUGUCGGACUUGCUGGCCGGAGUGGUGUACACGGCCAACAUCCUUCUGUCGGGGGCAAACACAUACAAACUGACUCCAACGCAGUGGUUCUUCCGCGAGGGCAGCAUGUUCGUGGCUUUGGCAGCCUCCGUUUUCAGCCUGCUGGCCAUCGCCAUCGAGAGGCACCUCACCAUGCUCAAGAUGAAGCUCCACAACACUGGCAACACCUGCAGGGUCUUCCUGCUCAUCAGCACAUGCUGGUUCAUCGCCGCCAUCCUGGGUGGUCUGCCUGUCCUGGGGUGGAACUGCAUCGACAACAUGAAGAGGUGCUCCACCGUGCUGCCACUCUACCACAAGACCUACAUCCUCUUCUGCACCACCGUCUUCAGCGUCAUCCUCAUGGCCAUCGUCGUGUUGUACGCGCGAAUCUACGCGCUGGUGCGCACGCGCAGUCGCAAACUGGUCUUCCGCAAGGUGUCCAACGGCCGCAGCAACAAGAACUCGGAGAAGUCACUGGCCCUGCUCAAGACGGUCAUCAUCGUGCUGAGCUGCUUCAUCGCCUGCUGGGCCCCACUUUUCAUCCUGCUGCUGCUGGACGUGGCGUGCGAGAUCGGCAAUUGCGCCAUCCUUUACAAGGCAGAGUGGUUCCUGGCACUAGCCGUGCUGAACUCCGCCAUGAACCCGCUCAUCUACACCCUCACCAGCAAUGAGAUGCGUCGCGCAUUCAUCCGCAUGCUCGUCUGCAGCUUCUGUAGCCGACCCGGUGGGAAAUUCACCCGGCCCAUAAUUGGCGCCGAGUUCAGCCGCAGCAAGUCGGAUAAUUCCUCCCACCCCAACAAGGAGGAGCCUGAGUACUCUCCACGGGAGACGGUGGCCUCCUCUGGGAAUGUCACAUCAUCCUCCUAAGGGACCUCCCCCCCCCCCCCACGCUGAUUGGCGUUUCACUCUACACUAAUUUGUGAAUGUAUACAUGUAUGUAUGCCCUGGGCUUCCUCAGAGGACACCCGCGAUGUCAAAGAACCCCAGAAGGAGUUCAGCGAGUCAUGAGGAGUGCCACGUGAAACGAAAGCGAAAAACACAUACAACCAGCAGCUGUAUGAACUGGCUGCAGUCUGCGGAGAUGUUGUUGUACGUCUUUCCUAAUGGCUGAAGGACUGACGGCCCCAGACACUUACUUGCCAUGAUUUUCCAUAGGGAAACACUUAGCACAUGAUUGUAACCUUCGUCGGUCAGUAUUACCUGUGUGAGUUUAAUUUUAUUUUCGUUAGCAAUGCACUUGUUGGAAUUGUGCAAAUAAAAAACUUCUAAGCAUUACUGACACUCUCUAAAAUGUGUUUUUCAAGAAGGAGUGAAAUUAGAUGCUAGUUAUUAUUGCUGUUAUUAUUGAAACAUUUCAGAAAUACAGCUAAUGAAGGACUUUUCUCUGAAGUAACUCGGAAGUUUAGUACAGUGGAAAACCAACCCCUGAUUGAGAAUGUUUCUCAUUAAAUUUUAUACUUUCACCAACAUUGGAUAAACAUUUAUCGUCGUAGCAAUGCUCUGUAGAUGCAAUAACAGUUUGUUUUCUGAAGCAUUUCAAAUGGGCUACAUAGUGAUAGAAACCCAAAGGAAGUUCUUACAUCAGCCGUACUUAUGUUGCCUUGUAGGGGGUUUCCAUGGAGACGAUAUUAAAUAUCUUGAGACACUGAUACCUUGAAAUAUAAAGUGGUCCGUCAUUGAAAUACUCAGUGACAGACUGACAGUAUUUUGGCUUAGCAUCCAUUGGCAAUAUGAGAAAGCAAGGCAGUGUUUCCCAAUCCGGUCCUCAGACACCCACAGAUAGUCCACAUUUUUGCUUCCGGUCUGGUAGGGAGCUCAAAGGGAGCAAAAACAUGGACUGACUGUGGGUCCCUGAGGACCACAUUGGGAAACACUGCUUUAAAGGCAAAGUUGUGUUUUGUCUGGUCACAUGCAAAACUACCAUCCAAUUUGUGUACAUCAUGUGACAGACCAGAGAUGGACAGUCCACAACAUUCACUUGCAAACUGAAACCUGUAAUUAAAUCGGACCUGUUCUUCCCUAGCACCUGUUCUUUCUGGCUGGAGAUGGAUUUUGGCUUUGUGUUUGUGGCAAUAAUAACGAGAGUAUUUAAAUGUAAGGUGAAGAAGCAGCCAAAACUUUUAGCACAUGCUAAAAAUUUCCUAUGGAAACUCCCAUUGUGUAUUUUUUUGUAAAAUGUUUAAAUGUUAUACUUUUCAACAUCCUCUUCUGUCCAGUAUAAAGGCUUCAUACCGAAGCACGUUCAUUACUGUUAAUUUGCCAAAACGUUUUUCUCUCAUUCGACCAUGUUGUCCCACUUCUUAUUUGCACACUUUAAUAUUUGUGGUAUUUGUGUAAUUGUAUUUGUUAGAUGUUAAUAAAAUAAUUCUUAAAAGUG